UGCCGCCAGCCCGGUGCCGCGUCCCCGCCCCUCCGCCAUGGCCGAUGUGGAGGACGGGGACGAGCUGGGUGCCCCCCACUCUCACCCGGGCUCCGCUGGCCCCAAGACGGGCACCCCCGACAAGAUGUUCUCGCUGAAGAAAUGGAACGCGGUUGCGAUGUGGAGUUGGGAUGUGGAAUGCGACACCUGCGCCAUUUGCCGAGUGCAGGUCAUGGAUGCCUGUCUUAGAUGUCAAGCUGAAAACAAACAAGAAGAUUGUGUUGUGGUUUGGGGAGAAUGCAAUCACUCCUUCCACAAUUGCUGCAUGUCCUUGUGGGUGAAACAGAAUAAUCGCUGUCCCCUCUGCCAGCAGGACUGGGUAGUCCAGAGAAUAGGCAAAUAAAAACACUGCUUUGUUUUUUGUUU